UACAAACCUAAAAUUCAGCCCGAUUGAUGGAUCCAAUGGGUCAAGCUAGAGCUGGCACAGCGCAAAGACAUGUCCAUAACCCCAUGAUGAAAAUAGUUAAUAUUGAGAAAAAAAUAUUUAAUAUUAAUGCUUGUGGGGAGCAUUAAUGUGACAGCCGACAAAAACUACAAACCACGUGCUGGUGUGAGGGAGCGUGGAAUGUCGAUAACGUCAAGACGAGUACUACGGCCGCCCCUUCCAAGAAAAAACCGGUUUGAGAUUGAGCCGUAAGUUCGAGAAAAGGCACAUAACGAAAACGAUGAAGUAAAAUUGAUUCCUCUCCAAUCUAAUCUCUGCAUUAAAAUUUGAAUAAAAAAAGAGGAAAUUUGUCAAGUUAAUUUGAGAUAGAUAGAGAUAGGCAUAGAGAUUGAGUUUUAAAUUGUAGAUGGACGUGAAACCGGCCGUGAUAGUUCAUACCCUUAAAGACGCCUCGAAUUGGUGGGAAGAUGUUAAUGAGUCUCCACUCUGGCAGGAUCGUAUCUUCCAUGCUCUUGCCAUCCUAUACGGUUUAGUCGCUGCCGUAGCGCUGGUUCAACUGAUUCGAAUACAGUUAAGAGUUCCUGAGGACGGGCGGACCACGUGGAAGGUCUUUCAUUUUCUUAAUUUUCUGGUGAACGGCGUUAGAUGUGUAGUAUUUAUUUUUCGUCGGAAUGUGCAGAAUUUACAGCCUGAUAUUCUUCAACAUAUUCUGCUUGAUGUGCCAAGUCUUGCGUUCUUCACUACGUAUGCCCUUUUGGUUCUGUUUUGGGCUGAGAUUUACUAUCAGGCACGUGCAGUAUCUACUGAUGGACUGGAGCCGAUUUUCUUUACUAUUAAUGCAGUAGUUUAUGCUGUUCAGAUCACUUUGUGGUUAGUAUUAUGCUGGAAGCCUAUCCCGGUUGCUAUAAUCCUAUCUAAGAUGUUCUUUGCUGGAGUCUCCUUGUUUGCAGCCCUUGGGUUCUUGCUUUAUGGUGGAAGGCUGUUCUUAAUGUUGCAGCGUUUCCCCGUAGAACCAAAAAAUCGUCGUAAGAAUCUGCAAGAGGUUGGCUAUGUGACCACCAUAUGUUUCACAUGUUUCCUGGUUAGAUGUGUAAUGAUGUGCUUUAAUGCAUUUGACAAAGCCGCAAACCUUGAUGUUGUGGAUCAUCCUGUCCUAAACUUGAUAUACUACCUGUUAGUUGAGAUACUACCUUCUUCAUUGGUGCUUUUCAUCCUGACGAAGUUGCCCCCAAAACGUGGUAUCACACAGUAUCAUCCUAUACGCUGAAGGGAUUAAUGCUUGUUUCAGUUGUUUUAUUUACGCUUGAAUGAGAAGAAAGAGGACCCAUCCUGUAUUUGAUGUUAAUUGGUCUGUUGGGGCUUGCUUCUAGGUGUUAGAAAGAAAUGAUAGACCUACUAAAGGAUUGUUAAUUAUGUUCUGUUGUGGGUUUGUAUGCUUUCCGCUUUUCAAAAUUUGCUAUUCUAUCAGACAAUUGCUUAAAUUUAUUGCUCUUUUUCUUUUUUAACAGUA